AUGGACGCCGCAGCGCUCAGGCCGCACUUAGUGCGCCACUCCCUCAGCACCGCGCACCUCUCGCGCGCGCCUCUCGGUCGUGCCAACACCGCCUCCCGCCGCGCGCAUCGUCUUCCGCCCCUCCGCGCGCGCGCAUCGGGCGGUGGCGGCGGCUUCCCCAAGGGGCAGGGCCUCAUCGGGCUCAACGGCCAGCCGCUCUCGUCCAGCCCCGGGGGUACCGGCGGCGGUUCCGGUAGCGGGGGGAUGUACCUGCCGUUUCUAAAGCCGGCGGAGCGCGCGGUGGAGGAGGGGCUGGGGUCGGUAGAGGAACUGCUAGAGGUCGUGCGCGAGCGGCGUGGGCUGUGGUACGAGUACGCGCCCGCCAUCGGCGCGCUGGGGCGGCAGGGGCUGUCGCCGGCGGCGAUCGCGGAGGCGACGGGCAUGACGGGCGUGGAGCAGAGCGCCGUCACCACGGCGGCGCAGGUGCGCGCGACGCUGAGCGCCGCGCAGAUGGACCCCGCGCUGCUCGCGUUCUUCGACGUGGGCGGCGCGGAGGCGCUGUACGAGCUGCGCGUGCUGGCGGGCGCGCAGCGGAAGGAGGCGGCGGAGUACGUUGCGCGCGAGGGGCUGGACGGGAAGGGCGCGCGGGACGUGGCGCGCGCCAUCAAGGAGUACGAGCGGCGCAAGCGAGAGGCGGACCGCAGCCACUUCAGUGCGGAGCCGGGAGACUGUCUGGCGUUCGCCUCGUACCGCCAGAGCGGGGAGGCGAGGAGCCGCGCCGAGCGCGAAGCGGCGCUGGUGAGGGCGGAGCAGGUGGCUACGACCGACGCCGCCCGGGCCUUCAUCUCCACCGCUCUGCACCGCUGCCGCAACCCCGACGCCGCACCGCCCGCCCACGCCGCCGCCCACGCCACUGGCCCCGGUGCCGCCGCCACCGCCACUCCCCCCUCUCUGCCAGUGGCGCGGCUGCGCAGCGCUGAGACCCAGGCGACGCCCAUGCCCGUGGUGACCUGCGCCGCGGACCUGCAGCACCUGCCCGCGCUGCCCCCCCCGCAGGGCCCCUUCCGCCUCUUCUCCCCCGCGCCCGGGCUGCCGUGGGUGGCGCUGCCGUCGUGGCCCGCCCUGCGGGGCGUGCCCGCGCUGCUGGCGCUGCUGCUGCCCUCGCCCUCCCUGCUGCCGCCCCUGCAGGCGCGGCAGGGGGAUGGCGCGGUGCUGGUGGUGGUGCAGGGCGCGUGGGGGGAGGGGAGCGCGGUGGAGGGCGGGCACUACUAUGUGGUGAGGGACGCGGAGAGGGGCGGGGAGAGGGGGCUGGUGGUGGUGGCGGGGGGGGAGGUGGCGGAGCGGUAUGGGUCGGGGGCAGGGGAGGCUGUGGUGGGGCGAGUGGUGCUGGCGCUGCUGCCACCUGACAGCGAGGAGGAGGAAGAGGAGAUUGAUGUGGACGACUGGGAGUGA